UCAAGACUGCAAUAGUUGAUUUUAACGAAGCCUUUGAUUAAAUGCAUAACUAUUAGAAUUUCCAGGGAAGAAGGUUAGGAGCAGAUGUCUGCUAUCUAUGAUAACUGGGAGAGGCUGGUUGCUGCUGUUCUGCGAAAACAGCAGCUGUGGGAACUUUUUCAUGAUCACUCCAGGAGUCCCAGCAUCCUCUCUGAAGCAUCCGACUUUAGUUCUAGCUUCAAUCUGAGUUCUCGCACUCAUGAUCUAUCGCUUGAUUUUGCGUAUGGAAGUUUUGCAAGUUUGCGAAGAGCGCCUGCCAAGCUGGUUCUGAUUUCAGAUUUUAGUCCUGCUUUUGAUGUCAAAGAUGUAUACGUGGCUUCUGCUGAAAUACUUGGGAUCGGGACCUUUGGGAGUACGUUUAAGGCUGCAAUGGAUAAUGGGAUAAGUAUUGUGGUGAAGAGACUUAACAAGUCACUGGGUCUUUCUGAACCAGAUUUCAAGCGCCAUAUGGAUAUUGCUGGAAAUGUCAGGCACGAGAAUGUCGUUGCUUUAAGAGCUUGCUAUUCUUCUGAAGAUGAAAGACUCAUGCUGUAUGAUUAUUACAGUAAGGGGAGUGUGCAUGCAUUGUUACAUGGACAAAUUGUUGAAGAACAGUCUCACUUCGACUGGGAAGCCAGAUUAAGAACUGCAAUUGGUGCUGCAAGGGGUAUUGCUGCAAUACAUGCACAAAAUGGUGGGAAGCUUGCCCAUGGAAACAUAAAAGCAUCAAAUAUUUUUCUUAAUCCUCAACAGUGGGGCUGUGUAUCAGAUCUUGGCUUGGCAAAUAUGACAGGAACAACAUUGACACCAACUGCACGGUGCUAUGCUCCAGAAGUCAAGAAUACUCGGGACGUAUCCCAAGCAUCAGAUGUCUAUAGCUUUGGGAUUCUGCUACUUGAACUUCUCACUAGAAAAUCCCCUGUACAUUUCCCCGGUGGUCCUAAGGCUGUUGACCUAGUCAAGUUGGUUAGUUCUGUGAAAAGCAAGGAGAGGGCUGCUAAGGUAUUUGAUGCAGAGCUAUUGACCUAUGCUAGAAUAAGAGAUCAAGCGGUUGAAAUGUUGCAAAUAGGAAUGACAUGUGUUGCAAAAUCAAUAAAGAAGAGACCUAAAAUGUCUGAAGUAGUGCAGAUGUUAGCAGAUAUUAGUACAAUGAACCCAGGAAGUAAUCAUGUUUCUGUAGAAAGAAAUCUUGUAUUUUUGGAGGAUGCUAAUCCCACAUUCGACCUUGAGGAUAUGUUAAGGGCUUCUGCUGAGGUGCUUGGGAAAGGUACAUUUGGGACUUCUUACAAGGCAAUAUUAGAAGAUGGAACCACAGUCGUGGUGAAGAGAUUGAAGGAUGUAACUGUAACAUUCGAGGACUUUCAGCAGCACAUGAAGGUCAUUGGAAGAAUAAGGCACAAAAAUGUUGCUGAAUUAAGGGCGUACCACUUUUCAAGGGAUGACAAGCUCUUGGUGUACGAUUACUAUAAUCAGGGGACGUUAUCUACCUUGCUACAUGGGAAAAAGAAUACUGGAAAGAUACCUUUAGGCUGGAAGACCCGAUUGAAAAUAGCAGUCGGUGCUGCCAGGGGUAUCGCUCACAUCCACAGACAAGGUGGUGGGAAGCUUGUGCAUGGAAAUAUAAAAUCCUCAAAUAUUUUCCUGGAUGGACAAAAAUACAGCAUUGUCUCUGAUGCUGGACUGGCAAAAGUGACGAAUCCAAUUAGAAGGUCAGCUAUGCGCUUUACAGGCUACUGCGCACCUGAAGUUAUGGACACCAGGAAAGUGUCCCAAGCUUCUGAUGUCUACAGCUUUGGAGUUUUGCUGCUUGAACUUGUAUCUGGACGGCCACCUCAAUGGACCACAGAUGAUUUCGAGGUCAUCUUACUAGUUAACUGGAUCCAAACUCUUCUUCAUAAUGAAUGGACUCCUGAAGUGAUUGACUUGGUGCUUCUAAAGUAUGAAAAUGAGGAGGAGGCAAUGGUACAAGUGUUGCAAAUAGCUCUAGAUUGUGUGACUAUUGUCCCCGAGCAUAGACCAAGAAUGACUGAAGUAGUGAAGUUGUUGGAGGAAAUUAGUGGCAUCGAACCAUCCGAUGAAUCAAGAUUAGAAGAUAGAUUGGAGCAACCAAACAUUGAAUCAAGACUGGAAGAUCUAUUGGAGGAUUUGUUGCCCACACUGACACCAUAAAUGGCAUAGGACGGAAUGGGGUAACAUCUUAUCUUGAGAUUGAAAUAUGUGAAUUAAGUUCUCUUGUUUUUGGUCAUUAAAUAGUCUAUCUUGUCUUGAAAGUUGAAAUUUGUGAAUAAGAAGUUCCCUCCUCUUCUUUCUGGCCAUCAAAUGUUAGUCACCCCAUGCAUGUAUGUCUUGUACUUGUAAUUAAGUGUAAUAGUAUCUAGUUUCUUGGCUUAAUAAUAUUGAAUUCAUGUUGAAUA